GACUCUCCCGCUCGACACGGAAAGCACCACUCUUCACGCCGUCUUUGCGCAGAAUGCCUGGGUGCUGCGUUCCGCAAUGCAGUAACAGCGCUAAAAAUGGCUGCAGAAUGUUUUCCUUUCCCAGAGACCCAAAAAGACGGCUCCUAUGGACCGCUAAAAUCAAGCGGGACAAGUGGCAGCCGACGAACCAUACCUGUAUAUGCAAUGCUCACUUUGAAGAAUGCUGUUUUGAACAAAAGCGGGCAGAUGGAUGGAAGAAGCUGAAGCCAAAUGCUGUACCAACGCUUUUCCCAUUCAAAGUUGCUCCGAGGAAGCGAAAGCCACCGAGGGAAAGAGCACUGCCUGUGCCCAGGUUAAACCACAAAGAGGUGAGCGACCCUGCCGAUGUACCUCACGCCGCAUCAGACGUAGUGGAAAUGCUCCCUGAGUCACCUGAAGCGGUAUCACAAGAAACGUCAACGGACAACAUGGAAGUCAACAGCCCAGGUGUCGAAGCUUUGAACGUCAGAAUAGCAAACUCGACUGAUGAAACUCCCACAGUUAGUGAGACACAAAGAGACCAUGCUCAGCUGAAAAAGCAGUUGGCAGACAUAGAAAGAAAAUACGCCACGCUUCAAGAACAUCACAGCAUCACUACGAACACAAUCCAGAACCUCAGAAAGCAAGUCCAUAAGCUCGAAAGUAAGGCUGAGAAUUUCGAAAGAAAUAUACGCUUCUUGAAUGCAGAUCAGGUUUGUGCUCUUUCUAAAAACAGUACCCAGGGUCACACUUGGUCAGUGGAGACAGUUAAAGGGGAACUCCGGCGCGUCCCUCCCGAUGACGUCACUCUUCCGCCCUCCUCUCCUACGCUCCGCGUGCCCGAGGGUGUCCGGCGGCCAACGUUUGCCCGCAUAUAG